AUGUUGCAGAGGGCAGCUUCCAAUGUGUCCGACAAAACAAAGAGCAGCAAACCAAAGCGCUCCACAAGCUUUGGCAGGUUUGAAGGGCUCAGACAUAAUCCAUCUCCGGCCAAUACAGAGGAGAAUGGAACAGAUACGCCCUCUGAAGAGUGUGAGAGCUUGGAGCCAAACAAGUCAGCUGGAAUUGGGAAGAAAAUGAAAGCAAUUUCACUCACCAUGCGCAGAAAAAUGGGCAAAAAGCAUGCCAAGUCCUUUUCUGAGGAGAUGAUUGAAGACAUGGGGACCGAAACUGCACCUUCAGCUGAAAAGAACUCAACAAGGGCCAGCAACUCCCUGGAAAGUCUUUACAGCGGCCAAAGUUCUUCAAGUGGAGUAACCAGUGAGUCCAAUUGUUCUGGUCAGAGGGACAGUCUGAGAUUGGAAGAAGAUGGUUCCUAUCAGGGUCAGUUUUGUGGCAGAGCUCGUGUCCAUACCGACUUUGUUCCAAGCCCUUAUGACACGGACUCUCUCAAACUUAAGGCUGGUGACAUUAUCAGCAUCAUCAGCAAGCCUCCCAUGGGCAUUUGGACAGGGAUGCUCAACAACAGGGUGGGAAACUUCAAGUUCAUCUAUGUGGACAUUUUGGUGGAAAAGGAAGAAAAAGGAGAAGGUGAUGACAACGACGAGGCUCCCAAAAUACGACAACAAAAACUAUGUCAAAGACCUCGACCCAAAACGUUGCUGGAGCUGCUGGAGCGACUAAAUCUGGAGGAAUACGCAUCUGCCUUGCUGCUCAAUGGCUACCAGACGGUGGAAGACCUCACACACCUGCAGGAGAAACAUCUCAUCGAGCUCAACGUCAAAGACCCCGAGGACAGACGCAAGUUGUUGGCUGCCUCUCAGUGUCAUUACUCAGAAGGUGAUGAUGUCAGAAAUGUGGAUGAAAGCAAAUCUUCGGGCGGUUUACAGGAGGAAGACAGCGACUGUCCCAGGGACUCAGGUUGCUUCAUUCCAUCCGAGUGCUCAGACAGCAAAGAAGAUGCUGAACCUCUCAAAAACAGUGUGGCUUCUUAG